AUGAAUCCAGUUUGUUUGAAACUCAUUGAAGCCAUAUUUAUGGUGUGUUUGGUGUUGCAGGUGGAACUUGCUUGUGCAAAAGAGGUGGACAUUGUUUAUGGAAAAGAGGAUGAGCUUGUUUCAUCAAAAGUGGUUAGGUGCAUAGAAAGGGAGAGGAAAGCACUCCUCGACUUGAAGGGUGGCCUUGUGGAUGACUAUGGCAUGCUGUCAUCUUGGACAACUGCUGAUUGUUGCCAAUGGAAGGGAAUUCGUUGUAGCAACCUUACUGGCCAUGUCUUAAUGCUCGAUCUUCAUGGAGAGUCUCAUUAUAUCUUCAGUGGAGAUUCCUAUGUUUUAGACUCACAACUCUCUCUCAGCGGUAAGAUCCACAAGUCGUUGAUGGAGUUGCAGCAAUUAAAGUAUUUGAAUCUCAGUCGGAAUGAUUUUCCAGACUGCCAUAUCCCAGAUUUCUUUGGUUCUCUGACCAACUUGAGAUACCUUGAUUUGUCAUAUUCUAGUUUUGGCGGGAAAAUUCCAAGCCAAUUUGGAUCUCUUUCGCAAUUGAAACACUUAAAUCUUGGCGGGAAUUCAUUGGAGGGCUCAUCAAUCCCUUCUCAACUUGGAAAUCUCUCCAAGUUGCAGUAUCUUGAUCUCAGUGAAAAUUCCUUGGAAGGAAAUAUACCAUCUGAGAUUGGGAAACUUUCAAACUUGCAAACGCUUUAUCUUGGAGGAUAUGAUGGUGGUGCUCUUAAAAUUGACGAUGGGAAUCGUGCUGGAGGUCAGUGGCUAUCUAAUCUCUCUUCUUUGACCCAUCUUCACUUGGUUGGGAUAUCUAAUCUUAACCGUUCUAAAAGCUGGAUGCAAAUGAUUGUUAAGCUACCAAAACUAAGAGAACUAAGUUUAUCCGAUUGUAGCCUUUCCGAUCAUUUUAUCCUUUCAUUGAACGGUUCCAAAUUCAAUUCUUCUACUUCCCUUUCUGUCAUUGACCUCUCUAGGAACACCUUCACGUCAUCCAUGAUAUUCCAGUGGGUGUCAAAUAUCAGUUCCAACCUUGUUGAGCUUGACCUUACUGCUAACAAUCUCUUGGAGGCUCUCCCAUCAAGUCAUUUUGGCAUAGUGAUGAAUUCUCUUGAGCGGCUAUACCUCUCCUUUAAUAGACUCAAGGACAGUGUUAUUAAAUCCUUCAUGAAUAUAUGCACCUUACGUUCUUUAUACUUGUCUCAGAAUAAUUUGACUGAAGAACUUCCAUCAAUUCUUCUUAACAUGUCUCGUGGCUGUGUUAGAUACUCAUUACAAGAGUUGAAUCUGAGAGAGAAUCAAAUCACUGGUUCGUUACCUGACCUUUCGAUAUUCACAUCUUUGAAAACAUUGGAUCUUUCUAGUAAUAGAUUAAGUGGAAAGAUACCUGAAGGUAGCAGAUUGCCAUCAUUUGGGGACGCUUGUACUUUGCGCUCAUUGGACCUUUCCAAUAACAGUUUGAGCGUAGAGCUUGGAGUGAUAUUUAAUCAAUUGUCUGGGUGUGCUAGGUACUCGUUGCAAAAUUUGUAUUUGGAAGAAAAUAAAAUCAACGGCACACUAGCUAACCUUUGUUAA